UUGGAGUUGGAAGGUAGUGAGAGAGAGAGAAGGCAAGAUGUCGAAGAGAGGACGCGGUGGUUCGGCGGGGAACAAGUUCCGGAUGUCGCUGGGUCUGCCGGUGGCGGCGACGGUGAACUGCGCCGACAAUACGGGGGCGAAGAACCUCUACAUCAUAUCGGUGAAAGGGAUCAAAGGGCGUUUGAACCGUCUCCCCUCGGCUUGCGUUGGCGACAUGGUGAUGGCCACCGUGAAGAAGGGGAAACCCGAUCUGAGGAAGAAGGUUUUGCCAGCUGUCAUUGUUCGCCAGCGCAAGCCAUGGCGCCGAAAGGACGGCGUCUACAUGUAUUUCGAAGAUAAUGCUGGUGUUAUUGUCAAUCCCAAAGGAGAAAUGAAAGGUUCUGCUAUCACUGGUCCCAUUGGAAAAGAGUGUGCUGAUCUGUGGCCAAGGAUUGCAAGUGCAGCCAAUGCUAUCGUUUGAGUGGGAAUUCUUGUUAAAUGAGUUUUAUGUUUAAGCUUGUAGGACUGAAAUUUGUCUCAGGUUUUUUUCAAGCUUGAAAUUGAAUUACAAGUGAUACAGUUUUUUUUAUCCUUCGUAACUUGUUAUCAGCCAGAAGCUUUUUGAAGAGACGAGAUUAAUUCUUAUUUAAGAAUUUUGUUCUUGUUUUUUGUUCCCCUCUAA